GUAUCGAACAACGGUGUUGGAGCUAUUUGGUUAUCACCUAUGUUCCAGUCUCCCAUGUACGACUUUGGAUACGACAUCUCUGACUUUUACGCUGUUCACGACGAAUAUGGUACCAUGGAGGACUUUCAAGCCCUUACUGCAAAAGCUGAAGUAUUAGGAAUAAAAGUUGUAUUAGAUCUCGUGCCUAACCACUCGUCCAAUGAAAGUGAAUGGUUUCAAAAAGCUCUGCAAGGUGAUGAAAAAUACUAUAAUUACUAUAUUUGGGAAGAUGGUGUUAUUGAUGAGGAUGGAAACAUGCAACCACCAAAUAACUGGCUAAGCCACUUCCACGAUAGCGCCUGGGAAUACAAGGAAGAAGUUGGAAAAUAUUACCUGCAUCAAUUCGUAGUGGGCCAACCUGAUCUCAACUACAGAAACCCUGAUGUCGUCGAAGAGAUGAAUAACGUUAUCCGUUUUUGGAUCGAAAAAGGAGUUGCCGGGUUCAGAGUUGAUGCUGUGAAUUGCCUGUUUGAGGUCGAAACUGUGAAAACGCUCUAA